AUGCGGAGAGGCGGCUCCAACGCCGAGCUGGGCGGCGAGGCUGCUGCCGCGGCGCUCCACAAACGGAUGUCCAAGAAGGUUGCCGCGCUCACCAAAGUCAUCUACCACCUCAACACCAAGAACGAGGACCACGAGUAUGAGCUCCGUGAACUGCAGGCCCGCCAUGACGCAGAAGUCGAGCGCGUGCUGGCCGACACCAAGCGCCGCAUCGACGAGUUCAAGCGCCAGGCCGAUGCAGGCUCGUCGGCACGGACCAAGGAGGCGCUCAAGCUCUACGCCCAGCAGAACGAGGCAAACAAGGCCAAAGCUCUCGCCCAGUUUGAGGCCUUCCGUGACUCGGUUGCCGAUCGCGAGAAGAGCCUGGCGACCAAGUACUCCACAAAGGUCUCCUCGCUCUCCAAGCAAGUCGCCUCACUCAAGGCCGCACUCGCCGACAAGAUGGCUGCUUUUGACGAGCUCGCCGCCGCUUUUGAUUCGUCGCGAGCAUCUUCUGCUGCUGACGCCGCCGCACGCCACGAGGCCGAGAUGGACACCGCCAUCAAGGCCGCAAACGAAAAGUACAACGCCAUGCUUGCCGAGCGCCUCGAGGCCGAGGACGCGCUCCGCCUCGAGCUCGAGACCCGCUCCAACGAACGUAUCGACUCGCUUGUAGCUGCCGCUCGCGCCGAGGUCCAGGCUGCCGCCGACGCCGCUGCUGCUGAUGCUGCUGCUGCUGCUGCCGCCAAGCUCGCUGCCGCCAACGCUACCAACGACAAGCUCCGCGAUGCAGCUGCCGCCGCUGCCGCCGCCGCCGCUGCUGCCGCAGAACUGGCCGAGUCAAAGCACGCCGCUCACGCUGAACAGCUCGAGGCGCGCCUUGCAUCGGCCCUGCAGGACGUAGCCGAUCUCGAGGCGUCACGGGCGCGCCUCGAGUCGGCCCAUGGUCAGACGUCCGAGGCCGUCUCCGAGCGCGACGCCACCAUCGCCAAGCUCCGUGCCGAGCUGAGCGAUAAGUUGACAGCCCUUGAGGCUGCAAGCAAUGAGGCUGCCGAGGCCAAGGCUCGCAUUGCGGCGCUCGAGACCGAGCUGGUAACUGCAAAGGCAUCUGCCGACGCCGCCGCCGCCGAUGCCGACGCCGCUCUCGCCGACGCCAAGUCCCAGCUUGCCUCAACCGAGCGCUCGCUAGAGGCAGCCCGCGCGUCUGGCUCUUCGUCGGUCGCCGAGCUCUCUGCCGAGCUGGCGACUGCCAAGGCUUUGGCCGCCGCUGCCGCGGAGUCUGCCGCCGCCGCCCUGGCUGCCGCACAAAGCGCCGCCGCAGCAGAGCUGGCCGCCGCAAAGAACGCCGCCGCAAACGCCGCUGCAGAGUCUGCCGCCACAAUUGCUCAGCUCGAGGGCGAUCUUGCCACUGCUCGCGAGUCUUCCACCAUGUCCGCUCAGAGCUUGCAGAACCAGCUGGCUCGUGCCCAGGAGGCACUUGCCGCCGCUGAGCAGCGUGAGACCGACGCCAACGCCGAGCUUGCUUCACUCCAUAACGAACUCUCGCAAGUGCGUGCUGACCUGGCCGCCGCCGAGGCCAAGCUGGCUGCGGCCUCCUCCAACUCAUCUUCCAAGCUCGAGUCUACUGCCACGGAUCGCGACGAGGCGAGGACCGCGCUCACCCUCGCGUCGGAGAAGCUGACCGUCGCUGAGACGGCCGUCGCCUCGCUGGAGGCUCAAGUUGCGGAACUGCAGCGCAAGCUUGAGUCCGAGGCCGAGGCCCACCGCGACUCACUGACCGCCCUUCAGGCCGAGGCUCAGUCCACGCUCAAGUCCGAGCUAUCCGACUUUGAGGCUGCGCUCCGCGCCCAGGUCACUGCCGAGUGCGAGGCUACCGCUGCCGCCAAGCUCGACGCGCUCCGCGCCCAGCUCGAGCGCUCGGCCGCCGCCGCGGAAGCCUCGCUACUCAAGCAGUGUGCCGAGCUCGAAGCCGAAGUUGCCCGCCUCAACGCCGCCGCCACCGCCGCCGCCGCCGCCCAUGAGGCUGCUCUCGCCGAAGCCCGCUCGGCUCAGAACCAGACGGCUGCCGCCCUUGCUGCCGAGCGCGAUGAGGCUCUCGCUGCUGCCAAGGCCGAGCUGGCUGCCGCCGAAGCAAAGGCCAAGGCCGACCUCGAAGCGCUCCGCAUCGCGCUCGAGUCGCAGGCAAGAGUCGACUUGGCCGCCGCACAGGCGGCUGCCCGUGACGCGCUCGAGGCCCAGACAGCUACAGCCGAUGCCGAACUCCGCGACGCCGUCGCCGCUGCCGAGCUCCGCGCCGCAAACAUACUUGCCGAGCGCGAAGCCGAGCUAGCUGCAACAGCAGCCGCAGCCGCCGACGCCGCCGCAGCCGCUGCAGCUCAGGAGCUCGCCGCACAAAAGUCGGCCGCUGACUCUGCGCUGCGUGCCGUCAAGAACGAGCUGGAUAGUGUCCGGACCGCCCACGCUGCAGAGGUCCAGGCCCAUGCCACGUGCCGCAACGAGCUCGCUGACGCGCGCUCGCUUGUCGAGUCGACCCGAGCUGAGCUCAAGACCAAGGUGCAAGACGUGCUACAGAUCCGCUCCGAGUCCCGGGCGGCGCUGGCGGCGUUGGAAGACGAGCUCCGGGCUAAAGCCAGCGCUGAGGCCGACGCCGCUGCUACAGCGGCGGCAGCGCAGCUCGAGAGCGUCAAGCAGGAGUUUGCCACUACCCUCAAGCUCAUGGAUGACAAGGUCGCGCUCCUCAACUCACAGAUCAAGGACCUAGAGUAUCAGUACGAGCACCGCGAGGCAAGGCCGCAGGACGUCGAGCGCAUUGCCGCGCUCGAGGACUUGGUCCAGGAGCGGACGGCGCUGCUCAACAAGGCCAUGGACGACAUGCAGUACUUUAAGCUCGAGCUGGUCAACCGCGAGACCUCGUACAAUCGAAUCUUUACCGCCGGCGGCGCACCCAAGCUCAACACAAACGCCGCAAAGUCGCCGGCUCGCCUUCCACCGCUCCGCUCGUCGCGGUCGUCGGGCAUGCACGAGCACGCCGCGUUUGAGGGCGGUGCCAAGCUCCGGUGGCAGUAG